AUGGUCGCUCCGAGGAGCACGAUGGACUUAGGUGAUGUGUUGGAGCAGUUCCCGCUCCCGCCAUCCUCGAACAUGAGCCUCGACGAGACCGCCCUACCGUCCCGCCUACCAGGUGCAUCGAGCCGCGAGCUCUUGGCCAUUAUCGAGUUGCUCGACGGCGCCGAGAGCGAUGCAGCCGUGGCGGUCCCGAGGACGUCCGCAGACUGGGUCGACAGCGCUCCUCCCUCGCCCGUCGAACCCGAUACGCGUAUCGCGCCCACCGCAUCCGCCGAAGGAGGACCCGAAUAUGCUUUGAAACAGUUGGACCAGUCCGAAGUUGAUCUCACCGACUACGUCGUCAUUGGACGCCGGGACUUGCCCCCUGUCGAGCGAUGGACACUGGUGGAUAAGGUCAGGGUUCCGGUGCAGUAUGUGGUGGUCGGAGGAAGUGAGAAUGUUGCGCAAGUGGAAGAGCAUCCCAGGAAAGGGAGGAAGGUCGGGAAACGGCUGAGGCUGAGGUUGUCUCGCAAGCAGGGGAGGAUGUAG